AUGUCUAAUGAAAAUACAGAUUUCGAUACAUAUGAAAGUAAUGAAUAUCAGAAAUUACUUCCAAUAAAUUCUCUUGAUACUUCACAUAAUUACAUUAAUAAACAGAAUAGAAUCGAACAAAAUUUCUCAAUUCAAUCUGAAGAAUCAUUAUCGUCUUCCAUCUAUCCGAAAGAAUUUAAAAAUAAUACAAAUCUAACGAUAAACUCUCCUGAACUUUCUAUACUUGAUCCUAAAAUCUCUACACAAAAUUUAACUAGAUCAGAUGUUCGAAUUUCACAAACAUCAAAUCAAUUAUCUUCAUCAUCAAAUGUAAAUAGUAUUGAAACAACAAAAAGUGAAUUAAUUCAACGUAUUCUUGAUUCAUUUAAACCUCCAAUAAAUUUAAAAUGUUCGUCGAAUAGUACAUCCAAUACAUCUCUAUCAUCUAUUGAUAAAACAAUAGUUUCAUGUCAAUCAUUAAAUCUUUCAAAUCAAAUUUAUAUACAUUUUAAAGAUAAAAAUGAAUUAGGUAUAAAACCACAUAUUAAUGAUUUACUUGAAAAAAUAGAUUAUAUGAAUACAUGUUCAUGUCAUCGAAUUGAAAUUAAUUUUAAUAAUCAUAUACUUAAUCAAGAAUUAUCUUAUAAACAAAAACAAUCAAUAUUACGCAUCAUUUUACGUCGAGAAAAAAUUUUUAAUCAAUAUUUCUCUCAAACAUAA